AUGUAUCGGGCCAAUCCCAAGUCCAAUAAUUAUAGCGGCCGCCGUGCCGAAUGUUGUAAAAAUACUGCCGACUCGGCUUCCGCGUCCGCAUCCCCGCCUCCACCCUCGGUAUUCGUCGACGAAAAAGAUCGAUUCAUUAUUACGUUUAAGAAUCCGAUUUACGUUAAGGAUAUUAUCACCUGCAAUUCGACCUGCAAACCUGCGCGCAACGCUCAAAGUGAAACCAUCGCCAGCGCCGAAUCUAACGCGUUUUUAUCGUCGUCGACAAUGCAGAUGCAGAUGACGUCCAUGCGGAACAGUAAUGCGAUUGAAAUAUCACGCGAAAAUUGCGCCGCAGCCGCAGCCGCCGCCGCCGCCGCCGCCAAUGCUACAAGUACAACUGCCAUUCGAUCUCGCAAACGCGUGCACACGCAAGAUGGCGGUCACGCCGACUCCGAUGCCAAUGCUGAUGCUGAUGCUGAUGGUGAUGGUGAUGUUGAUGGCCAUCGUCUGAAUUUGGAAGCUGUAGCAUCAAUACUGAAAACCAACGCGAAUGCGAAUGCGAGUAGUAGACCACCGAAAUCGAAGAUGGCACAAACGAACAAAUUUUGCUGUACAAGGUCGUCGGCGGCGGUGGCGGCGGCGGUGGCGAUGCCCUCCGAAUGUGCGCGUAUUGACGAGUCGUCGUUGUGUACGCCACGACUAAGCUGUGAAAAUGUUUUACAAGCGAAUAUCGCUCGUUGUGAUAGAGCGAUACCGCCGCCGCCACCGCCGCCGAUGGCACGAGAUAUCCCUGCGGCGUGUGAUGGUGGUGACAAUACCAAUGCGGCUCGUAAUACUGUUCUGUGGUAUAUCAACGACAAUUUAAUCCAAAUCAAGCAAAGACAGAAUUGCAAUUACUCGCACGCCGCCGCCGCCGCUGCUACUGCUGCUGCUGCUGCUGCUGCUGCUGCUGCUGCUGCUGGUGGUGGUAAUGCUGUUAGUGCCAACGCCAAUACGAUGGACAAUGACUUUCGAAGCGCGGCCGCGAUCGGCGCCGUCCAUAUUUCCAAUACGAGUACGAGUACUCGCAGCAAUAGAAUACCAAUCUCGUCGUCGUUCAGACCUUUAGACAUCGCUCGUAUAUCGAAUUACAUUUACGCGAUGGCGGCGGCGGCGACGGCCGCAAGUCGUAGCGCCAGCGGUCCUCUCGGUUAUCGUCUUACGAGCAAAACAAAUUCGCAAACGCAAUUCCGCUUACGCACCUCCGUCUCUAGACCGCUAACUAUACGACAUUUUUGA